AUGGACAAGUCGUCGCACACGCUCAAAUCAAAACGUCGGCGUCAGGAAUGGACUUCAACUCGUCGUACGAGAAGGAAAAACUCUAUUCUAUCAUGUACCAAUGUAUCCAUAUCAGGAAAUACCGAGUCUCAAAUCGUAUGGAGAGAUUCACCUGCAGAUAAACAGAUUAAAGUGUCUGGAACAGGAAAAAUUGCUGUUCGAAGAGAAAUGCAGGGGUUUGUAGGGAGAUUGGAGCGUGCAAGUCAACAAUCAUCACCUUUUUCUAGUGAUGAAGAUAAGAAACUUGAGAGACGCGAGUGGAUUCGUACACGACGAAAACAGACGGAAGGAGAAAAAGCUAUUUCAAGAUAUACGGUGCUCACUGGAUUUUUGGAACAAGAAGAAGGAGACGAUGGCACUUUGGAUGGUCAAAGAACGUCUACUGGUGCGAAGAUACGUCGUUCAAUUGAAAGAGGAGAGUCACAGGAUGAACUUUUUAGUGUCUUGGACAAAAUGGAGCAGAAAUACGCUAGUUCAGACGUAAAGAGGGUAUUGAUAGCCUCAAAAACGACGUCUUUUGAUCCGAAAGAGCAUCAUUAUCAGCAUCUGAAAACUCCACCUAUAGCUGUUUCUAGCUCGCAGACGGACACUAUGAACUUGACAUUAUCGGCAGCACCUACUUAUUCAUUGACUGAUGCUCAGUCCGUAAGGUCGGUACGGACUCAGGAGGCAGACAAGACGCAUAAGGUGACAACAAGUCGGGACGGUGUCAGUGCUGUAGUAGCAACUGAGGAGCAGGAGGCUAUAAAGAUGCCCGUAAAGUCGACAGUAGUGGAGGCAGAUGCCUUCGAUGACCUGACGGACGAAUCGUGGGCCUUGCUCGACCAACUUCAAAGUCAACGGGCGCCGGUUGAAGUCACUCAGUCGUCGCAAAUGGAGUUAGUGGCUUCACAAAACUGUGCGUUGACUCCACGACCCGUGCCGUCUGCUGCACCUAACGAGCUGACAAGGCCUCCGUUGAUGCCUUCAACUAACAUUUCAGCUUCAAUGGUGCGACCAAUGCAUGGAGGUCAAUUGCUCCAUCCGACUGAGAACUACAAGCGUUUUUUGAUCUUAGAAGUAGACCGCGAUGUUGUUAACCGCUCGCUCCUUUUGCGCCUGUUAGAUGACGAAGACGUGCAGUUGGAGGCUAUCCUGAGCGAUGAUUGGUAUGACGUGGUUGUGAAAGCUGGCGACACUAUCAAUAUUAUAUUUACUGAGCAGGAUAGUGCUGAGUUUUUUUCGCAAGGAGGAUGCGAGGGACACGUUGAUCGACAGUUAUUGCGCAUACAGGUGGAUAACACGCACAACAUUGUGGUUGUUCACCCAGAUAUUCUGGUAUCUCCCACCAGAGUAACAGCAAGCUUUGGAUGUUUGCGAAGGGCGGUCCUUCAAGAAACUCUAGCUGUCAGUCGUCCGACUAAUGAGAAAGCUUUUCUGGGUACAUUGAAACAUGAUCUGUUUGAGCGUGCACUUUUAAAUGACUUGUAUAGCGCUGAGAGACUACUUGAAGCAGCCGAGCGGAUCGUAAAAUCCAACACUUUAGGCCUUGUGGAAUGCGGAUUAAACGAGGAAAAAGCAUUGUCAGAGCUACAAAACGUGAUCGAAGAUUAUCGAUCGUGGAUAAACGGAGCAAUUGUCGGAUCUGGGACGCUUAUAGACGGGACGUCCUCUCAAAAUGCAUCGAAGGUGUGCGUCAGCCGCGUUUUAGCAACGGAAGAAAUGAUGUGGUCUACUAAAUGGGGUUUAAAAGGUGCCACGGAUGCUUCUGUUGCAGGAACCAUUGUUGGCUUGCGGAAUGGGAAAGAGAGUGACGAGUCUGUCGGAACCGAAGUGGUUCUGCCUCUUGAGCUUAAAACCGGCAGCAAAAAGUAUGCUGGCGUCGAGCAUCAUGGUCAAGUGAUCUUGUACACACUACUGCUGAAUGAACGCUACCGGCAACGGUGUCAGGAAGGAUUGCUCAUUUACGUUUCGCCCAUCGAAACUAACCGAAUCACAGCCAUGACAACUCAUGUUCGCGGUCUCAUCAUGGCCCGCAAUAAUUUUGCCAGUGCUCUUGCUAAAGCAAAAGCGGUCGGUAGCUCAACGUCCGCGCAGGCCCUCCCACCAAUGAUUCGGAACCGCACGGACUGCGAGCGCUGCUUUCAAGUUGAUGAGUGUGUGUUGCAUCACGCAGCGACAGAAAAUGGCACAGAGGAAUCAAGUGGUCUUGACGAGCUAUUCACUGCAAAAACAAAACAUCUUGGUGAAGCGGACUUAAAUUACUUCAAGCAUUGGAGCCGACUCAUUGAUUUGGAACAGCAGCAUGCCGAAAAGAACCUUCGAGCACUCUGGCUUCAGGUCGGAUUGAAACGAGAGCUGGCACAGGAAAGUACCACUUGCUUAGCACAUCUCAAAUUAGUAAGCGACACACCAGCACUAUCAGAGUCUGGAGCAAAACGAACACUGCGCUUUGUUCGUGAUCGUCGAAAAAGAAAAGACAUUGAUUUGGAAAGCGGAUGUAAAUCAAAUUUACAACCAACGUCAUUUGCGGGAGUGCAUUUUCGAGUGAAUGAUCGUGUUAUUUUGUCUGCAGAAUCGUUGGACGGAAAGAGCUUGCUGGUACAUGUGUCUCGUGCCACUGUUUGUAAGAUUGAGUAUGGAUUGGUCACAAUAGAGGCGCGCCAAUGCAUACCGUCGAUCGUGAUAAGCGGCCAGUCUACCGUUGGUAAAGAGUACACGUGGCGAUUGGAUAAAGACACAAUCAUGAGCGGCUUACGUCGCGCAAAGGAAAAUCUCGUGCGAUUAUUUAUCGGACCUUCACCCGAAAUGAUUUCAGCUGGCACGGCCCUGAUGAGCCGACCGGAAUUACAUGUACGCAUGGCCUCGAUGGCUUUUGUAGAAGGUAUGAGCGACGACGAUACAAUAGGCGUUGGAGAUACGCGAAGACGAAACUUGAUCGUGCACCUAACUCGUCCACAUUUCAUUCCAAGCCAGGUAACAGAUCUGGUGACACAACGGUGUCAGGGUUGCGCAACCGAUGACUAUGAUGGUAGUGUGGCAGCGCUUGGUCAAGCCUUGCUGGAUACAUUUUUUGAAUUGAAUAUCGAUCAGCAGCAGGCUGUCCAGCGUGUGUUAAGUUCUCUCGACUACGCUUUGGUACUAGGAAUGCCUGGGACAGGUAAAACGGCUACAAUCGCUUUCACCGUGCGGGUGCUACUAUUUCUCGGGUUUUCUGUUUUAGUAACGAGUUAUACGCACUCGGCUGUGGACAAUCUCCUGUUGAAGCUGCUAGCGUACGAGGUGCCCAUGCUUCGUAUUGGUAAUACCGCUCAAGUGCAUCCCCAAAUUGCAAACUUCACGCUUGAUCGGCAAGCUGAGCGAGAGGGAAUUACAAGCGUGCAGACCAUGGAGGCUAAGCUGAUUAAUGCUCAGCUCGUGGGAUGCACAUGCCUGAGCGUGAAUAGUCACGUGCUGUUUACAAAGCGUCGGUUUGAUUAUUGUAUUGUUGACGAGGCCACUCAAAUCACACAGCCCAUCGCCCUGAGUGCUCUGCGUUGCGCUGAUACAUUUGUACUAGUGGGGGACCAUUACCAGCUGCCACCCUUGGUCGCCAAUGCUCAGGCUCGUAAAGAAGGCAUGGAUGUGAGUCUGUUUCGACGAUUAGCGGAAGCUCACCCGCAAGCAACUCAGCAAUUGUCUUACCAGUACCGAAUGAACAAAGAUAUCAUGCUGCUGGCAAAUCGGUUAGUGUACGACAAUAAGCUUAAAUGUGGUUCAUUUGAAGUCGCAUCGAACCAUCUUGAUAUAACAUGGCAGCGGCAAGAUACCAUCGAGGAACACCUUAUGUGGCCCAUUCAAAUGCUGACCAAAAAGCAAGGCGUCGUGUUUUUGAAUACAGACACGAUGGGUGGAGUGACAGUUGAGAGCUUAGGAGCUGCCCUAAUGGGUACUAACGGACGUCGACGGAUGGAAAACAUUGUCGAAGCGCAGCUUGUUGCUGGAUUAGUGGAGCUCUUAGUGUUGGGAUCGGUGCCAGCCGAGGAGAUUGCAAUUAUCUCCCCAUUCCGCUCUCAGGUAGCGCUGAUUCGACAGCAUCUGACUGGUGUUGCAGCAUUCCGCCGGGCUGGUGCAUUUGAUUGGAUUCACUUGAUCGAGGUGAGCACUAUUGACAAGUAUCAAGGCAAAGAUAAGGACGUGAUCUUAGUGUCGUUUGUUCGAUGCAAUGAGGAGAAACACGUGGGUGAGCUACUUACGGAUUGGCGCCGGAUCAAUGUUGCUCUAACGCGUGCCAAGCAAAAGCUGCUUCUAGUGGGGUCUAAAUCAACUCUCAGUGGCGGCAGUGCACUCUUUCAUGUGCUUUCUAGUGUUACCCAACAACAAGACUGGGAGUACAAGCUGUUGCACAAUUCUGUCGAAACGCUUCGUCAGUUAGCAGUGCAUGUAGCGACUUCUGUAGAACCUGAUCCCGAGCAAGGUGCAAUGUCGAAAUCGCACGUGCGUUCGACAAGCGAAAAGAACGUGAGCGUUUCGAUUCUUCAGCGCUCUGCAAGUAGCAACAAUGGUGACAUUGAGUCACUCGUGCCAGACGUGUCAAAUGUGCCAAAAAUGCGUCCUCAUCAAAGACCUUGUCCAGCACAGUUGAAACCAGUCUCACGUGACAUAUUUGGCGAAAUAUCAAGAUAA